AUUAAUUGGUUAAAGUUUUUCUCAGCUUUCACUCGGCUGCAUGUGAGCUCGUACGUCAGCGGGGGAGAGCUUUGGAGGAUGAGUGUGAGGCUCAACAUGCGAGCCUGCCCGCUACUGCGUGUCUUGGCGCAAACCCAUCCCUUAUGUUUCUUCUCGAAGUCACUCUCAGCAAACGAUGAGACAGUUAACGUUUUCAUCUUUUGUCCUGUCCUUCUUCAGCUCAGGGCUGGCUCUUCAAAUUCAGUGUUACCAGUGUGAGGAGAUGAUGCACGACUGCUCCACACCAGAAUUCAUAGUAAACUGCACAGUGAAUGUUCAGGACAUGUGUCAGAAGGAAGUUCUUGUGAAGGAUGAUGGGAUACACUACCGCAAGUCCUGUGCUUCAUCGGGUGCAUGUCUUAUUGCUUCCUCUGGCUACCAACAGUUCUGCACUGGCAAGCUCAACUCAGUGUGCAUUACCUGCUGUAAUACGCCACUGUGUAAUGGACCACAACAGAAGAAACAUCCCCAGCCAUCUACUGCCAUUACUCUGAAACCACUGCAGCUGCCUGUCUUUUCUCUCUACAUUCUCCUCCUGCUGCCACCCAUCCUUUGCUGACACUCCUCAUACACAGAUUUAGAAUAUGUCUUCAAAAUCUUCACACACUUAAAAGUAAUAGUUGUAAACUGUUUACUGUUUUACUUUAAGCCAAGACAUUCAUAUUUGGAAAUUGACUUAUGUGAGCAAACUUUACACAGUGCGUGUUUUUGAGUUUUUGGCUUCUACUGCACCUUGCUUGUAGAGUUUCAACAGGAAAAUUAUUUUAAAAAAUAGAAAGAAUUCUAACACUAUUUGUGAUGUAAUGAACAUGG